AUGUCAAUUCAAUUAUAUUUCAAUCCAAUUUCCUAACCAUCAAGAGCUGUUCUUGCAUUAUUGAUUCUUGGCAAUAUACCACAUGAUUUACAUAAUAUUGAUUUAAUGAAACAAGAGUAAAAUACUCCAGAAUACAAAAAAAUAUCACCAACAGGUAAUGUGCCUUCAAUUGUGGAUGGUGAGAUAGUAUUAUUUGAAUCACAUACAAUAUUGAAAUAUUUAGCUAGGAAAUUCAAGCUUGAAAAGUUUUAUCCUUCUGACAUUGUAGAAUAAGCCAGACUUGAUUAAUAUCUUGAUUGGCAUCAUACAGGAACAAGAUAAAUUACAUUAACAGCCAGAGAUUUUGUAUUCUAUCCUAAAUUCUUUGGAAAAGCAGCUCCAGAAAAUAAGGAUGAAAGAUUUAAGGAAUUAGAUUGGUAUCUAAAAGCCUUUGAAGAAAUCUUUUUGGGAAAUGGAAAAAAUAAAUAUAUUUUAGGAUUUCCAGAACCAACUAUAGCUGAUUUGACGUAAAUAUUUAUAUAAAUUCUUUAGAGCAAUUUGUGAAUUGGUAACAUUAUUUAUGUUAAAUGUUGAUCUAGCUACAUAUCCACAUCUUCAUUAAUACUUAAAAUAAAUGCUCUCAAUUCCUGAAAUUAAAUAAGUUCAUUAACAUGCUUUUGGAUUCACAUAAAAAUUCACAGAAAACUUAAGAUAAGAAUAUGUCGACCUUAUGUAAUGAGUUAUAAAUAACAAAUAUAUGAUCAAUAUAUACACA